AUGGGCAAGUCGACUCCUUAUAUUCUGUUGCUUGAUAUGCAGUGGUGUAGAAGAGAAGUGGCCAGGGUCGUUUUUAAUGAUGGGGUAGGGAUUUGGAGUGACUGGUGCGAUAGUGUGAUGUACAUUUCCAUUCAUGUACAUAGUUUCCAUUCAUGCUUAUUGUAUGUAAUCCGAUUUCAUGACCACUGGAUUCUCCCCUUUUCUUUCUUUCUUUCUUUCUUCAUCCACAACUCAACUGUCUACCACUGUGGUAUACCAAGUAUCAGCUGGUUUAAGAUGAUCACGAAAGAUCUCUUCCGACCAUUUUGGUGUAUUUGGCGACAUUCACAAUACCGAAAUUACUGUUCUGCUCUUAAUGCUCACAUAGGAAUUGUGGGCAGUGGGCCAGCAGCUUUCUACACUGCUCAACAACUUCUCAAAGGGGAUCCAAAACUCAAAGUUGAUAUCUACGAACGACUACCAGUACCUUUUGGGUUGAUUCGUUAUGGAGUUGCACCAGAUCAUCCUGAAGUUAAGACAGCAAGCUUAUCUCUUUCUUUUACCUCCAUCACUUCCUAUCUAUCUAUCUAUCUAUCUAUCUAUCUAUCUAUCUAUCUAUCGUAG